GUCUUCGUCCCGCCUUCUAUCUUCUGCGGGGCAAGAAGGGUGGACGAACCCGGCCCGGCCUAUUGCCAUGCAUACGUCAAACAGAUGCGGUUCAAGUAGAACCCGUUCAUAGACUAAACGUCUACCCUAGCAUGGGUUCAAUGGUCGAAUUUAACCGCCAUCUUAUAAAACCCUCGCAUAAGCCCUAAAAACACAGAGAGUGGAGCGUAACAGAAGCAGAGUAAUCUUAAGCUCAAAACUCAAAAUCUGCAGAAGAACUAUAUCAUAAUUAAUCGAUAAGGCCAAAGCUUAAGCUUCACUUUGCUUACUUCUCGAGGUGAAGAGAAAAGGAGGAAUAAAAUGAGAAAGAAGGUGGACGAGCGUAUCAGAACUCUCAUUGAAAAUGGCGUCAAAUUACGGCACCGUUCUAUGUUCCUCAUCAUCGGUGACAAGUCGCGCGACCAGAUUGUUAAUCUUCACUAUAUGCUAAGCAAGGCAGUGGUCAAAUCCAGGCCAACUGUCUUAUGGUGCUAUAAAGACAAGCUUGAACUUAGCAGUCACAAGAAAAAGAGAGCGAAACAGAUAAAAAAGCUAAUGCAGAGGGGACUGUUGGAUCCUGAGAAAGUUGAUCCUUUUUCACUUUUUGUUGAAACCGGAGGACUAACGUAUUGCUUGUACAAGGAUUCUGAAAGAAUACUUGGGAAUACUUUUGGAAUGUGCAUAUUGCAGGACUUUGAGGCUUUGACUCCAAAUCUCUUGGCUAGAACAAUAGAGACAGUAGAAGGUGGUGGAUUGAUUGUCUUGCUGCUACGGUCUCUCUCCUCAUUGACCAGUCUUUACACCAUGGUCAUGGAUGUCCAUGAGAGGUUUCGUACUGAAUCCCAUUCUGAGGCUGCUGGGCGCUUUAAUGAGCGUUUCCUUCUUUCACUUGCUUCAUGCAAAGCAUGUGUGGUUAUGGAUGAUGAGCUGAAUAUUUUACCAAUUUCAUCUCAUAUACGGUCAAUUACUCCAGUUCCAGUUAAAGAGGACUCUGAAGGUCUUUCAGAAGCAGAACGAGACCUGAAGAAUUUGAAGGAUCAACUGCAUGAUGAUUUUCCCGUUGGUCCUCUAAUAAAAAAGUGUUGCACACUAGAUCAGGGAAAAGCUGUCAUCACAUUUCUUGAUGCAAUUUUGGAUAAGACACUACGUAGUACACUUGCUUUACUUGCUGCUCGUGGCCGUGGAAAAUCUGCUGCACUUGGUUUAGCAGUUGCUGGAGCUAUUGCAGCUGGGUAUUCAAAUAUAUUUGUAACUGCACCCAGCCCUGAAAACCUGAAAACUUUGUUUGAGUUCAUCUGCAAGGGUUUUGAUGCACUUGAAUAUAAGGAACAUAUUGAUUAUGAUAUUGUGAAAAGUGCAAAUCCUGAGUUCAAGAAAGCAACUGUGCGGAUCAAUAUCUAUAAACGGCACAGACAAACGAUUCAGUACAUACAGCCACAUGAACAUGAAAAGCUCUCCCAAGUGGAACUACUGGUAGUUGAUGAGGCUGCUGCCAUUCCAUUGCCAGUUGUGAAGUCCCUGCUGGGUCCAUACUUGGUCUUCCUUUCAUCUACUGUGAAUGGCUAUGAAGGCACUGGUCGGUCUUUGUCGCUAAAACUUCUGCAGAAACUGGAAGAACAAAGCCACAUGACUGCCAAGAAUGUGGAGGGUUCUCUUUCUGGUCGUCUUUUCAAAAAGAUAGAGCUUAACGAGUCUAUCAGAUAUGCUUCUGCUGAUCCAAUUGAAUCCUGGCUUAAUGCUUUACUUUGCUUGGAUGUUACAAAUUCCAUACCUAGUAUCAGCAGAUUACCUCCACCCAGUGAGUGUGAUCUCUAUUAUGUUAAUCGGGAUACGCUUUUUUCCUAUCACAAAGACAGUGAGUUGUUUUUGCAGCGAAUGAUGGCAUUAUAUGUUGCAUCUCACUAUAAAAAUUCUCCUAAUGAUUUACAACUAAUGGCUGAUGCUCCUGCGCAUCAUUUGUUUGUGUUACUUGGCCCUGUUGAUGAGUCAGAAAAUAAACUUCCUGACAUCUUAUGUGUCAUUCAGGUCAGUCUUGAAGGCCAGAUUUCUCGUAAAUCUGCAGUCAAAAGCUUAAGUGAUGGCCAUCAACCAUUUGGUGAUCAAAUUCCUUGGAAAUUCUGUGAGCAAUUCCGGGACACAGUUUUCCCCAGCCUUUCGGGUGCUCGUAUCGUACGCAUUGCCACCCAUCCAAGUGCCAUGAAGCUUGGUUAUGGUUCUGCCGCAAUGGAACUUUUAACAAGGUACUAUGAAGGACAGUUUACUCCUAUUUCUGAAGUGGAUUUUGAAACCAAUGUGGACUCUCCCCAAACUAGAGUUACAGAAGCUGCAGAGAAGGUUUCCUUGCUAGAAGAAAAUAUAAAACCAAGGACAGACCUUCCACAUUUGCUAGUACAUCUUCGUGAACGACGACCUGAAAAGCUCCACUACCUUGGUGUAUCUUUUGGGCUUACUUUGGAGCUGUUUCGCUUUUGGAGGAAACAUAAAUUUGCCCCAUUCUACAUUGGCCAAAUUCCAAGUACUGUAACUGGUGAGCACACAUGUAUGGUCCUGAAACCAUUAAACAGUGAUGAUAUUGAAGUCAGCGGAUCAGAUAAUUGGGGAUUUUUUGGUCCAUUUUACCAAGAUUUCAGGCUAAGGUUUUCUAGGUUGCUGGAAUCUAGUUUCCGGACAAUGGAAUAUAAGCUUGCUAUGAGUGUCCUUGAUCCCAAGAUCAACUAUGCGGAUACAGAUGUAGAAACUACAUUAUCCACCCCAGAAGGAUUUUUGAGGUCACUUAGAUUUGAUCUAUCACCAUAUGAUAUGGAACGGCUCAGAGUAUAUACUGAAAAUCUUGCUGAUUUUCAUUUGAUAUUAGACAUUGUUCAGAUCCUUGCUCGUCUAUAUUUUCAAGGGAAGCUUCCUAUUACAAUGUCAUAUGUUCAGGCUUCUGUUUUGCUAUGCAUUGGUUUGCAGCAUCAGAACAUUACAUGCAUGGAGGAACAAAUGAAGUUGGAAAGGACGCAGAUUCUGUCCCUUUUCAUAAAGGUUAUGAAGAAGUUCCAUAAAUAUCUUAAUGGUAUUGCAUCCAAUGAGAUUGAAUCAACCUUACCCCGAUUAAAAGAGAGAGUGCUGGAACCUCACAACAUCUCUGUGGAGGAUGAUCUCAAUGAAGCAGCAAAACAAGUUGAGGAUGGGAUGAAAACCAAAAUGGAGGAUAUGCUGAAUCCUGAGCUUCUCCAACAGUAUGCCAUCGUCGACAGAGAAGGUGAUUUUGAGAAUGCAUUGGAAAAUGGUGGAAAGAUAACCUUAGGUGGCCUUAUUAGUGUGAAAUCCAGUAGAACUAGAGUGGAAAAACAUGGAAAGCAUGAUGGUCACAAGAGUGGGAAAAAGCGGAAAGGGGAUGACGGCUCCAAAUCAAAUAAAAAGAGCAAAUCUUAAUAACCAAUCAUAAUGAUAUUAUGAGAAUAUUAGUCAUGCUUGAAAGCCUCGUGAAAGGUGAGUAGGGUGGAUGCCCGCUGCAUUUAGUGUUGUUAACCAUUCAUGACGCGAAAAUUUACUUUAGGUGGUUCAGAAUUUUGGAACUAAAGACCGAGUACCUGAUUUACUGGUAACACAUAAUUUUUGGUUGUUGUAAAUAACAUACACGGUUGCGUUUGAUUAAAAAAAAAUUUCUGUUA